AGUGUUGCCGCCUAACUAGUCCCCGAGUCCUCGGGCAUCAGACACCUUCGCUUUACCUGGACAGUAUAAAGCAAGUUCAGAGAUGAUUUCUUUUUCUCAAAAACUCGUACAAGAGCGCCAUGUAUACAAUACUGCUCUUAAACUUACUUGAAGAUGGAAGAAGUCCAACAGGACCACCAGUACCACCUUUUCCUCCGUCUAUUCAUGUCAGAAGACAUUUUGGAUUGUUAAAACUACCAAUGACUCCUCAAUCACCAAUAUUGACGAAGUACUGAGCAGAAAGCCCAAGUUAAAGCGAUUUGUUGGCUACAAAGAUGCGAUCACCAAUCCUGUCUUCGUCGACAAGGGCGAACAGGGCUUUGUUUUCCGGUUUAAACACAAUGAACGAGAUCUCUGCCUGAAGUUGUUCUAUGAUUACGAGGACCCACGGCCAUAUCACGAAAAGACCAUCGCUUUGAUCAGUCCUAUUGGGUUAGAAUCACGCGCAUUUGCUCGUCUCUGCGACCUACAUGGAAAAUGGCCACUGGGCAGUGCAGUGUCAUGGAUGGAUGUGCCUCACUGACUCCAAGCUUCAACAGCUUCGGGAAGCAAGUGGACGAGUGAGAAAUAACUGGCGUUGGCAUAAGGUCCGCUGGGGUAUCGUGAAGGACUUUAUCGCCGAUGAGCCGCCGAGCUGUCAAGACGAAAGAUUCCGGCUAAUUAUUUCAAAUUUCUCCGUCCCAAAACGCGGCCAAAUCCUCCCUCGCGAUGUGAAGAAGGAAAAUUAUAGAGGGGAACUGAUUGUAGAUCUAGGAUCUACUGUUACCUUCCCGUUCUAUCGUUACUUCGCGAGACAGACUGAUCUCGAUAAGUUCUUUGAGGCCUUGGACCAAUUUGGAUUACCUGCGUGGGACCGGUAGAAUGUAGUGACAUUGCGGUCCUCCUUUUGUGGCUUCCAAAAUUCUUACCAGAUAGUGGUCCCUUGAGAUUAGAGCCUUGGAAGCCAUGAUUUCAUCUAGAUUCAGCUUCGUAAAAUUGACCCAGCAGGCCUGUUCUAUACAGUAUAAAUUCGGCAUCCUCGCGGAUUGCUUGCGGAUAGAACUUAAUAGUACUGUAGUCUGGGGCCGUACUGCAUAGCCC